CGAUCAGUGAUCCCUGAUCGGUCCACGGCUUCCGUGUCCCGCCAUAAGAGCCUGCUUUAUUUUUACCUGUGCAGCGAAGAAGACGAGAAGGACAAUAUGACAGGUUUUGAUGCCAGUUUAAAUCCAAGACAUGAUUGGACACUAAUCGUGGAAUGUUGAUCGCCGUCGUAGGAAGAUGUUGUGUGAUGAGGAAGGGCGACGGGCAACACGGCGUACAGCCUCUUGUCUCGUCCAGCCUCUACGUCUUUAUAUGUCAGGAUAUGAAGGAGUGGCCAGUUUAACGUUGCUGGUUUACAUGCUGUAAAGCUUUCGGCGAUUGUCGCUGACCUGCAGAAAUGCUGCAAAGACGAUGCAGGUGAGCGUCUGUGGCAGGAGUUGCUGACUAAGCAACACAACAAGCAGUGUCAACUUGCUACUUUGAUCGUUCCUAUGGCCACCUGGAAGGACAGACGAAGAGAUCGAAUCCCACUGGAGAAGGGCGAUGGAAAGGCAAGCAGUGUCCCUAGUCCAGGUGACACACUGCCCUGGAAUCUGUCCAAACACCAACGGGCCAAACGCUCCAAGUCAACCUCGGGGGAAGUCCUGGACCCGGCAGAGAGGGCUAUAAUCCGCAUUGCAGAUGAACGGGAUCGAGUACAGAAAAAGACCUUCACAAAAUGGGUGAACAAGCACUUGAUUAAGGCCCAGCGUCAUGUAUCUGACCUGUAUGAGGACCUUCGAGAUGGACAUAACCUGAUCUCAUUGCUGGAGGUCCUCUCUGGAGAAACACUGCCCAGAGAGAAAGGCCGUAUGAGAUUCCACAAACUGCAGAAUGUACAAAUAGCACUGGACUUCCUCAAGCACCGGCAGGUCAAAUUGGUUAACAUCCGAAACGAUGACAUUGCAGAUGGGAACCCCAAGCUGACCCUGGGGUUAAUAUGGACCAUCAUCCUCCACUUCCAGAUCUCCGACAUUCAGGUCAAUGGCCAAUCCGAGGACAUGACAGCCAAGGAGAAGCUUCUGCUCUGGUCUCAGAGGAUGACUGAUGGCUACCAAGGCCUCCGCUGUGACAACUUCACCACCAGCUGGAGAGACGGGAAACUCUUCAACGCUGUCAUACAUAAGCACUAUCCCAGGCUCAUUGACAUGGGAAAAGUGUACCAACAAAGCAAUCUCCAGAACCUCGAACAGGCCUUCUACGUGGCAGAGAAAGACCUGGGUGUAACACGUCUUCUCGACCCAGAAGAUGUUGAUGUUCAACACCCAGAUGAGAAAUCCAUCAUCACUUAUGUGUCGUCGCUGUACGAUGUCAUGCCUCGGGCUGCUGCGCAAGACAGCAUGCGAGUUAAUGAAUUGGAGCUGCGCUGGCAGGAGUACUAUGAGUUGGUGACUCUUCUGCUCCAGUGGUCCCGCCACCAUGUCAUGGUCUUCGAGGAGAGGAAGUUCCCAGCCAGCUAUGAGGAGACAGAGCUUCUUUGGCGGCAGUUCUUGAAGUUCAAAGAGACAGAGCUCCCGGUGAAAGAAUCUGAUAAGAACCGCUCGGCACACAUCUACCAGUCCUUUGAGAGUGCAGUUCAUGCUGGCCAGGUGAAGGUCCCACCAGGCUACCAUCCUAUUGAUGUGGAGAAAGAAUGGGGUCGACUCCAUGUGGCUAUGCUAGAGAGAGAGCGACUGCUGAGGACUGAGUUGGAGAGGCAAGAGAGACUACAUAGGAUCUUCAGCAAAGUUCAGAUGGAGUCGGGGAGGUAUGAUGAGAACCUCAACCACCUAGAAACCCUGCUGCAGACGGACAUGCGUCUACUGAAUGCCGGCAAACCAGCCCAGCACACAGCAGAAGUCGAGCGUGAGCUGGACAGAGCUGACAAUGUAGUUCGUUUGCUCUUCAACGAUGUACAAACCCUCAAGGACGGGCGCCACCCACAGGCUGAACAGAUGUAUCGCAGGGUUUAUUGCCUUCACGAGCGCCUGGUCAACUUGCGCAGUGAUUAUAACCUGCGUCUGAAGACUGCCCAGGUCGCCAUGACCCAAACGACCCUGAAGACUACCAUGAAGGCACGGCCUGAGUUGGAUGACGUGACCUUGCGCUAUGUCCAAGAUCUUCUGGCCUGGGUGGAGGAGAACCAGCAGCGUAUCGAUGAGGGCGAAUGGGGGUCCGAUCUACCUUCUGUCGAGUCACAGUUAGGCAGCCACCGAGGCCUACAUCAGACCGUGGAGGACUUCAGGUCAAAGAUUGAACGUGCAAAGGCUGAUGAGAGUCAGUUAUCCCCUGCAAGUAAAGGCACUUACAGAGAGUACCUGGGUAAACUGGACCUUCAGUAUGGCAAACUACUGAAUUCCUCAAAGUCCCGUUUAAGAAACUUGGAUUCACUGCAUGCAUUUGUCAGCGCCGCCACCAAGGAGCUCAUGUGGUUGAAUGACAAAGAGGAGGAGGAAGUCAACUUUGACUGGAGUGAUAGGAACAGCAACAUGACCGCCAAGAAAGACAACUAUUCGGCUCUCAUGCGAGAGUUGGAGCAAAGGGAGAAAAAGGUCAAUGAUAUUCAGACUACAGGAGACAAACUUGUCAAGAAUGGCCAUCCCGGAAAGAGGACAGUGGAGGCCUUCACAGCUGCCCUGCAGACACAAUGGAGCUGGAUCCUGCAGCUGUGCUGCUGUAUUGAGGCCCAUCUUAAAGAGAACACAGCUUACUAUCAGUUCUUUGCUGAUGUAAAAGAAGCUCAAGACAAGAUGAAGAAACUGAAAGAGACCAUGAAUAAGAAAUUCAGUUGCGAUCGCUCCACCACAGCAACACGCCUGGAGGAUCUGCUGCAGGAUGCUGUGGAGGAGAGAGAACAGCUGAAUGAAUUCAAAACUCACGUGAACGGCCUGACCAAGAGAGCUCGCUCCAUCAUCCAGCUGAAACCACGCAACCCUACCACGUCCAUUAAAGGCAAACUCCCCAUUCAAGCUGUCUGUGACUUCAAACAGCAAGAGAUUACCGUUCAUAAAGGAGAUGAGUGUGCACUCCUCAACAAUUCCCAGCCUUACAAAUGGAAGGUGUUGAGUCGGUCUGGACACGAGGCAGUUGUGCCCUCUGUUUGCUUCUUAGUACCUCCCGUCAACAAGGACGCCAUGGACAGUGUGUCCAGUCUGGAUACAGAUCAGCAGAAGAUGGUGUCCAUGUGGCAGAUGUUGUAUAUCAACAUGAAGAGUCUGCUCUCUUGGCAAUACCUGAUGAGGGACUUCGCACAGAUUCGCUCCUGGAAUAUUACCACGUUGAAAUCGAUGAAACCAGAUGAAUAUAGACAAAUGAUGAGGAAUCUAGAACUCCACUACCAGGACUACAUGCGUGACAGCAAGGACUCUGAGCUCUUUGGACCUGAUGACCACACACAAGUUCAGGAAGACUACACCAAGUCCACCCAGCAUUUUGACAGCCUGCUCCGCUCCAUGGAGAAAGGUCAACAAAAUGAGACUCUGUGUAAGAACUACAUCACUGAUCUCAAGGACUUGCGACUGCGAAUCGAGGACUGUGAGGCCCAGACUGUGGCUCGCAUACGCAAGCCAGUAGAAAAGGAACCACUGAAAGAAUGUGUUCAGAAGACGGUAAACCAGAAGAAAGUGCAGGUGGAGCUUGAUGGCCUCAAGAAGGACCUUGAUAAGGUGUCUGUGAGGGCACAAGACAUUUUGAAAUCCCCACAGGAGUCUCCUUCUACACCUGUGCUGCGUUCUGAGCUUGACCUUACUGUGCAGAAAAUGGAUCACACGCACAUGCUCUCCUCCAUUUACCUAGAAAAGCUGAAGACCGUGGAAAUGGUCAUCCGUAAUACUCAGGGUGCAGAAGGUGUCCUUAAGCAGUAUGAGGAUUGCCUUCGUGAAGUCCACACUGUGCCCAGUGACAUCCAGGCAGUCGAGACAUACCGUGCAAAACUUAAGAAAAUGAGAGCCGAGGCAGAGGCUGAACAGCCCGUGUUUGAUUCCCUUGAAGAAGAACUCAAGAAAGCCUCAUCAGUCAGUGACAAGAUGAGCCGCGUCCACAGUGAGCGGGAUGCUGAGCUGGACCACUACCACCAGCUCCAGUCCAGUGUUCAGGACCGGUGGAAGGCAGUGUUCACGCAGAUCGACCUCCGCCAGAGAGAGCUGGAACAGCUCGGUCGCCAGUUGGGCUACUACCGGGAGAGUUAUGAUUGGCUCAUCACUUGGAUAGCGGAUGCCAAGCAAAGACAAGAAAGGAUUCAGACUGUGCCCAUCACGGACAGCAAAACACUUAAGGAGCAACUGGCGCUGGAGAAGAAAUUACUGGAGGAGAUUGAGAAGAACAAAGGCAAAGUUGAUGAGUGUCAGAAAUAUGCCAAAGCAUACAUCGAUACCAUCAAGGACUACGAACUCCAGUUGGUUGCCUAUAAAGCACAAGUGGAGCCCCUUGCUUCUCCUUUGAAAAAAAGCAAACUGGAUUCUGCUUCUGAUAACAUUAUUCAGGAGUAUGUAACAUUGAGGACCCGCUACAGUGAGCUGAUGACUCUGACUAGUCAAUACAUCAAGUUCAUCACCGAUGCACAGCAACGCCUGGAGAACGAGGAGAAAGCUGCAGAGAAACUCAAAGCAGAAGAACAGAAAAAAAUGGCUGAGAUGCAGGCUGAGUUAGACAAACAGAAGCAGAUAGCUGAAGCUCAUGCAAAGGCCAUUGCCAAGGCAGAAAAAGAGGCACACGAGUUGAAGCUUAAAAUGCAGGAAGAAGUUAGCAGGAGAGAAAUUGCUGCUGUAGAUGCAGAAAAGCAAAAGCACAAUAUCCAGCUGGAACUCCAUGAGCUCAAAAACCUUUCAGAGCAGCAGAUCAAAGACAAAAGUCAACAAGUGGAUGAUGCUCUACAAAGCCGAACAAAGAUUGAAGAGGAAAUCCGCCUCAUUCGGAUUCAACUUGAGACAACAGUCAAACAAAAAUCUACCGCGGAAUCUGAGCUACAGCAACUUCGCGACAGAGCAGCUGAAGCUGAGAAACUUAGGAAGGCAGCCCAAGACGAGGCUGAAAAGCUACGCAAACAAGUCCAUGAAGAGAGCCAGAAGAAGCGCAUGGCUGAGGAGGAACUCAAAUUCAAAUACGAAGCAGAGAAGGAAGCUGCACGUCAAAAGCAAAAAGCACUGGAUGACCUUGAAAUGUUUAAGAUGCAGGCGGAGGAGGCGGAAAGACAAGUGAAGCAAGCUGAGAUUGAAAAAGAAAGACAAAUCAAGGUUGCUCAUGAGGCAGCGCAGAAGAGUGCUGCCGCUGAGCUCCACAGCAAGCACACUUCCUUCGUGGAAAAGACCUCAAAGCUGGAAGAAUCCCUGAAACACGAGCAUGGCACUGUCCUUCAAUUGCAACAAGAAGCUGCACGUCUGAAGAAACAACACGAAGACGCAGAACUGGCCAGGGAAGAUGCAGAAAAGGAACUUGAGAAAUGGAGGCAAAAAGCCAACGAGGCGUUGCGUCUAAGGCUCCAGGCUGAGGAAGAAGCUCACAAAAAGAACCUUGCACAAGAAGAAGCCGAAAAACAAAAGGAGGAGGCAGAGCGGGAGGCUAGAAAGAGAUCCAAAGCUGAAGAGUCAGCCUUGAAACAGCGAGACAUGGCAGAAAAAGAACUUGAGAGGCAGAGGAAGAUGGCAGAGAGCACUGCUGAGCAGAAGCUCGCCGCAGAACAGGAACUGAUUCGCCUCAGGGCAGAUUUUGACAAUGCAGAACAGCAGCGGUCCCUGCUGGAAGAUGAACUUUACCGUCUGAAGAACGAAGUUGUCGCAGCUCAACAACAAAGAAAACAGCUCGAGGAUGAACUAACCAAGGUGAGAAGUGAAAUGGAUCUACUGAUUCAGCUGAAGUCCAAGGCUGAAAAGGAGACCAUGUCCAACACCGAGAAGAGCAAACAGCUUCUUGAGGCGGAGGCGGCCAAGAUGAGGGACCUCGCCGAGGAGGCAGGCAAGCUAAGAGGCAUUGCGGAGGAGGCGAAGCAUCAACGGCAAAUUGCUGAGGAAGAAGCAGCUCGUCAGAGAGCAGAAGCAGAGAGGAUCCUUAAAGAAAAGCUUGCCGCUAUCAGCGAAGCCACCCGUUUAAAAACUGAAGCUGAAAUCGCUCUGAAAGAGAAAGAAGCAGAAAACGAGAGACUGCGGAGACAAGCUGAUGAUGAAGCGUACCAGAGGAAGGCGUUGGAAGACCAAGCCAAUCAACACAAGCUAGCUAUCGAGGAGAAGAUCCUCCUACUAAAAAAAUCAUCAGAGGACGAAAUGGAAAGACAAAAAGCGAUAGUGGAUGACACACUCAAACAGAGGCGAGUUGUUGAAGAAGAGAUCAGAAUCCUCAAGCUCAACUUUGAGAAAGCUUCCUCUGGAAAACUAGAUCUGGAACUCGAACUGAACAAGCUUAAAAAUAUUGCGGAGGAAACUCAACAAAGCAGACUCAAAGCAGAGGAGGAAGCUGAAAAGCUGAGGAAGCUCGCCCUCGAGGAGGAGAAAAAGAGGAGGGAAGCUGAGGAGAAAGUCAAGAAGAUCACCGCUGCAGAGGAAGAUGCAGCUCGACAACGCAAGGCCGCUCAGGACGAACUCGAGCGUUUGAAAAAGAAGGCAGACGAAGCCAGGAAGCAAAAAGAAGAAGCCGAUAAAGAAGCGGAAAAACAGGUCGUAGCAGCCCAACAAGCGGCCCUGAAGUGCAGUGCAGCUGAACAGCAAGCCCAGAGUGUUCUCGCUCAACAGAAAGAGGACAGCAUCAUGCAAAAAAAGCUGAAGGAAGAAUAUGAGAAAGCCAAGAUGCUUGCUAAACAGGCUGAGGCCGCAAAGGAGAAGGCGGAACGGGAAGCGGCACUCCUCCGACAGCAAGCAGAGGAAGCGGAGCGCCAGAAAAUGGCAGCUGAGUUAGAAGCCACCAACCAAGCCAAAGCCCAAGAAGAUGCGGAGAGGCUUCGGAAGGAGGCUGAAUUUGAAGCCGCUAAACUUGCCCAAGCUGAAGCAGCAGCACUGAAACAGAAGCAACAAGCCGAUGCUGAAAUGGCAAAACACAAAAAACUGGCAGAGCAAACACUGAAACAGAAGUUCCAAGUAGAACAGGAGCUCACGAAGGUUAAACUUAAGCUUAGUGAGACUGAUAAUCAAAAAUCUCUGCUUGAUGAGGAGCUCCAGCGUUUGAAGGAUGAGGUUGAAGAUGCGGUCAAACAAAGGGCGCAGGUAGAAGAUGAACUGUUCAAAGUCAAAGUUCAAAUGGAGGAGCUGCUCAAGCUCAAAAUGAGAAUCGAGGAGGAAAAUCAGCGCCUCAUUAAAAGAGACAAAGACAACACUCAAAAAUUCCUUGCAGAGGAAGCUGAAAAUAUGAAAAAGCUUGCUGAAGAUGCCGCCAGAUUAAGUGUCGAAGCCCAAGAGGCCGCUCGCUUGAGACAGAUUGCCGAAGAUGACUUGAGUCAGCAACGCGCUCUUGCAGACAAAAUGCUCAAAGAGAAAAUGCUGGCCAUACAGGAAGCGUCCAAAUUUCGAGCUGAGGCGGAAAUGCUUCAAAGGCAGAAGGACCUGGCCGAAGAGCAAACACAGAAGCUGCUCGAGGACAAACAACUCAUGCAACAGCGUCUGGAUGAGGAAACCGAGGAAUACCAGAAGUCACUUGAAGCAGAAAGAAAACGGCAACUGGAGAUCGUAGCAGAGGCCGAAAAACUUAAACUCCAAGUUUCUCAGCUCAGUGAAGCCCAGGCCAAAGCUGAAGAAGAAGCUAAGAAAUUCAAAAAACAAGCUGAUGCAAUCGCGUCCCGUCUUCAUGAGACUGAAAUUGCCACCAAAGAAAAAAUGACUACUGUUGAAAAACUGGAAUUCGAAAGACUGAACACCAGCAAAGAGGCAGAUGACUUGCGCAAAUCUAUCGCAGAGCUCGAGAACGAGAAGGCUAGACUGAAAAAAGAGGCUGAAGAACUUCAAAAUAUGUCUAAAGAGAUGGCUGAUGCCCAGCAGAAACAAAUUGAGCAUGAGAAGAUAUUGCUCCAGCAAACAUUCCUUACAGAAAAAGAAAUGCUGUUGAAGAAGGAGAAGCUCAUUGAAGAUGAGAAAAAGAGAUUGGAGAGCCAGUUUGAAGAGGAAGUCAAAAAGGCCCAAGCUUUCAAAGAUGAACAGGACCGCCAGAGACUGCAGAUGGAGGAGGAGAAGAAGAAACUGCAGGCCACCAUGGAUGCAGCGCUUAAUAAACAGAAAGAGGCUGAAAAGGAGAUGCUUAACAAGCAAAAGGAAAUGCAGGAACUGGAAAAGAAAAGAUUGGAGCAAGAAAAAAUGCUGGAAGAAGAGAACCAGAAACUGCGCGAGAAACUGCAGCAGAUGGAGACGGCAAACGUGCCAGUCACUGCAGUGGUCAAUGUUCUUAAUGGACAAAGUCCCACUGACGCAGUAGACAGUAACGUAAAGAAAGCAGAUCCUUUAUCUUUUGAUGGUAUUCGUGAAAAGGUCCCGGCAAUCAGACUUCAAGACUUAGGUCUUUUAUCAAAGAAAGAUUUCGAUAGGCUUCAAAACGGUAAAACUACAGUUCAAGAGCUUGGUGACACAGAACAUCUCACAACCAUUCUCAAAGGAAAUAACAGCAUUGCUGGUAUUUUGACACCUUCUAAUAAAAUAACAUCCAUCUACCAAGCAUCCAAAGAAAAGAAGAUUACUCCAGGCACAGCCAUGAUUCUUCUUGAAGCUCAGGCAGCAACUGGUUACAUGCUAGAUCCCAUUAAGAAUCAGAAAUAUUCUGUUAAUGAAGCUGUCAAGGAAGGCUUGAUUGGCCCAGAGCUGCAUAAUAAAAUGCUUUUAGCUGAGAGGGCAGUUAUUGGUUACAAGGACCCAUAUACUGGUGGCAAGAUAUCGGUCUUUGAAGCUAUGAAGAAGGGUCUGAUAGAACAUGAUCACGCCAUCAGAGUCCUUGAGGCUCAACUUGCAACAGGGGGCAUUAUUGACCCCGUCAAUAGUCACCGUGUACCCAAUGAAGUGGCCUAUAAACAGGGACUAUAUGAUGUGGAAAUGAACAAAUGUAUGGAAAAGCCCUCAGAUGAUGAAAAGGGUUACUUUGAUCCCAGCACCCAGGAACCAUUGACAUAUUCUGAAUUAAUGAUGCGAUGUUCCACCUACCCUGACACCGGCAUGCUGCUUUUGCCAAUCACAGAUAAAGCGGCUCAAUGCUCCAGUAUAUACACCGAGGAAGAGACCAAGGAUGUGUUCAGCAAAACAACAGUAUCUGUUCCGUUUGGAAGAUUCAAGGGAAAGACUGUGACCAUUUGGGAAAUAAUCAAUUCUGAGUACUUCACCGAAGACCAAAAGAAAGACCUUCUCCGUCAGUACAAAACCGGCAAGAUCACAAUCGAAAAAAUAAUCAAGAUUGUAAUUACCGUGGCAGAAGAGAAAGAGAAAAAGAAUGAGAUUAACUUUAGUGGUCUUCGAGCACCCGUUCCUGCCUCUGAGCUCCUUGAAUCCAAAAUUAUUGAUAAAGACCUGUACAACAAACUGCAAAAGGGUAAUAAAACGAUCAAAGAGGUCUCUGAAAUGCCACCCGUCCACAAAGCCCUGAAGGGCACAAACUGCAUUGCAGGUGUAGUGACCGAGUCAUCAAAAGAGACAAUGUCUUUCUAUAAGGCCAUGAAGAAGGACAUCAUGAGAGCUGGUCCUGCAUUGAAUAUGCUUGAAGCUCAAGCAGGAACAGGCUAUGUGGUUGACCCUUUAGAAAAUCAGAAGUACACCGUUGAUGAAGCCGUCAAAGCCGGUUUAGUUGGCCCUGAACUGCAUGAAAAGCUCUUAAGUGCAGAGAGAGCAGUGACAGGUUACAAAGACCCUUACACUGGAAAGACUGUGUCUCUGUUUCAAGCAAUGAAAAAAGAUCUCAUUCCGAAAGAGCAAGGAAUUAGGCUGCUUGACGCACAAAUGACAACUGGCGGCAUCAUUGAUCCGGUCAAGAGCCAUCGCAUUCCCCAUGAUGUUGCCUGCAAAAGAAAAUAUUUUGACGAUGAAAUGAAGGAGGUUCUAAACCAUCCAACUGACGAAAUUAAGUGUUUCUUUGACCCUAACACAAAGGAAAAAGUCACAUAUGCGGAGCUCUUCCAGAGAUGUGUAACUGAUGAGAAAACCGGUCUAAAGCUGAUGUUGCUCACAGAUGAAGCAAUCAAUGCAAAAGAAGAACCAACGCUUACCGAAGCCCAGACAAAAGAAGCUAUGAAUCAGGCAACUGUUGAACUUGAAUCCGGACCAUUCAAGGGCAGGAAAAUGACCAUUUGGGAUCUUAUCAAUUCUGGAUAUCUAACUGAGGAACAGAGACUUGACCUCCUUAGACAAUUUAGAUCCGGGAAGAUAACCAUUGAAAAGCUCAUUAAGAUUGUCAUCACAAUUGUAGAUGAACAGGAGGCUAAGAAACAAGAGAAACUAAGCUUCCAGGGUCUGAGAUCACCUGUUCCUGCUGGUUGUCUGUAUGAGUCCAAAAUAAUUGACAAGCCAACAUUCGUUCUUCUGCAGCAAGAGAAAACAACACCUAAACAAGUCAGUGAGAAUCCCAAAGUCAGCAAAUACCUCCAGGGAUCAGAUGCCAUUUCCGGCAUCUUUUUGGAGCCCACUAAAGAGAAAACAAGCAUAUAUCAGGCCAUGAAGAAAAAUGUCAUCAGACACAACACUGGUCUGUCUCUUCUUGAAGCUCAGGCAGCGACAGGGUUCAUUGUAGAUCCGGUUAAAAAACAGUUUUUGACAGUAGAUGAAGCCGUAAAAUCAGGGCUCGUUGGCCCUGAGCUGCAUGAAAAAUUACUCUCUGCAGAAAAAGCUGUUACAGGCUAUAAAGAUCCAUUUACAGGCAACAAAAUCUCCCUCUUUGAAGCUAUGCAAAAAGAUCUAAUUCUGAAAGAGCAAGCCAUGCCAUUCUUAGAGGCACAAAUGGUCACCGGAGGAAUAAUUGACCCUGUAAACAGCCAUCGUGUCCCAAUGGAUGUUGCAUUUGAGAAGAACAUUUUCAGUGAGGACGUGGCCAACACUCUAUCUCAGCCUUCUGAUGACAACAAGGUUUUUACAGACCCAGAGACCGAUGACAAUGUUACAUAUAGACAGCUUCAAGACAAGUGUAAACGGGAUCCAGAGACAGGCCUGUGCAUCCUCCCACUCUCAAAGCCUCAGUCUCCCACAGUUGUAGAGAAGACAUACCUCUACACUGAGGAGCAAACGCAAAGUGACCUGACCAAAACACAAAUUGACCUUCCCAUUGAGGGCCUUGCUGAUAAAUCUAUGAACCUCUGGGAUGUCAUGAACUCAAAUUUGAUUCCAGAACAGCAGAGGCAGAAGAUUAUGGAUGAAUAUCGUGCUGGCAACAUGACCAAAGAGCGAAUGAUAAUAAUUAUUAUUGAGAUCAUGGAGCAGAGAGAGAUCAUCCGAAAUGAGCAUCCUCUGUCAUGUAAGACAUUGCGAAGACAAGUUACUAUUGAGGAGCUGUACAAUGCCCGCAUUAUUGACUUGGAGACAUACAACCUACUUAAACAAGGGAAAAGAGAUAUUCGCGACAUACUGGAGUUGACAAGUGUGAAACAGUAUUUAUAUGGAACGGGCUGUGUUGCUGGAGUCACAACUGACUCAAGCUCCAAGAUUAGCAUAUACCAAGCAAUGAAGAGAGGAUUCCUUCAACCUGAGAUUGCUCUCAACCUCUUGGAAGCGCAAGCAGCAACAGGGUACAUUGUUGAUCCUGUCAAAAAUGAGAGACUCACUGUUAAUGAAGCAGUUCGUAAGGGUGUGGUUGGCCCUGAGAUUCAUGAUAAACUGCUUUCAGCCGAGAGAGCAGUUACAGGUUACAAGGAUCCAUACAGUGGAAAAGCCAUAUCUCUUUUCCAAGCAAUGAAAAAAGAUCUCGUUCCAGAGGAUUAUGCUAUGGCAAUGUUGGAGGCGCAGUCUGCCACUGGAGGCAUCAUUGAUCCUGAAUUCCAGUUCCAUCUACCAGCAGACAUUGCGAUGCAACGAGGUUAUAUCAACAAGGAGACCAAUCAGAGACUAACAGAUGAGGUUAAAGGGUUCAUUGACCCUGUCACCGAUGAACAACUGUCAUAUGCUCAGCUUCUGAAGAGAUGCAAGCUAGAAGGCGGAUUACGUCUUCUCUGUCUUGGAGACAAAAGGCUCCUGUUCAAGGGUCUGAGAAAACAAAUCACAAUGGAGGAGUUGCUCCUUUCGCAAAUCAUUGACCAGAAAACUGCUACUGAACUGAACGAGGGUCUUAUUUCAGUAGAAGAGGUCAGUAGUCGGUUAUCAAAGUAUCUCGAGGGCACUAGUUGUAUUGCUGGCGUAUACAUAGAAAACACGAAGGAACGUCUGUCAAUCUACCAAGCCAUGAAGAAGAACAUGAUCAGACCAGGCACUGCCUUUGAACUUCUCGAGGCUCAGGCAGCCACAGGGUAUGUAAUUGACCCAAUCAAAAACCUCAAACUGACUGUCAAUGAAGCAGUGAAAAUGGGAAUCGUAGGGCCGGAAUUUAAAGACAAGCUUCUCUCGGCUGAGCGUGCAGUGACAGGUUAUAGGGAUCCAUAUUCAGGCAAGACAAUAUCCCUUUUCCAGGCCAUGAAAAAGGGACUAAUCCUGAAAGAUCAUGGGAUCCGUCUCCUCGAGGCUCAGAUUGCCACCGGUGGAAUUAUUGACCCAGAGGAAAGUCACCGUUUGCCAGUUGAGAUGGCCUAUGAACGUGGCUUCUUUGAUGAGGAAAUGAAUGAAAUACUGACAGAUCCAUCUGAUGACACCAAAGGCUUCUUUGAUCCCAACACUGAAGAAAACUUAACCUACCUGCAGCUCAUGGAGAGGUGCAUUACUGAUCCUGACACUGGACUGGUUCUCCUUCUACUUAAAGAAAAGAAACGGGAGAGAAAGACCUCGUCCACAUCCUCAAUUCGAAAACGCAGAAUUGUCAUCGUAGACCCAGAGACAGGCAAAGAAAUGACCGUGUAUGAGGCGUACAGGAAGGGACUCAUUGAUCACCAGACCUACUUGGAGCUUGCUCAACAAGAAUGCGAAUGGGAAGAAAUUACAAUGACAUCUUCUGAUGGAACAGUCAAAUCUUUUAUUAUCGACAGGAAGUCGGGGAGACAGUAUGAUGUUGACGAUGCUCUUGCGCGUGGCCUCAUUGACCAGAAUUGUCUCGAAUCAUAUCGAGCUGGAAACCUGUCCAUCACAGAGUUUGCAGACAUGCUUUCUGGAAAUAUGGGAGGGUUCCGGUCUCGAUCAUCUUCCUUCGGUUCCACCACUUGUUCCGAAGUGUCUUCUUCAAUGAGCCCAAUUCCUUCCAUCAAACCACCUGCAGUCAUAUGGAAUGACCCGGCAGAGGAGACUGGGCCUAUUGCCGGAAUACUGGAUGUAGACACAUUGGAGAAGGUAUCGAUCACCGAGGCCAUGCGCAGAAACUUGGUAGACAAUAUCAGUGGCCAAAGAUUGUUGGAGGCACAGGCCUGUACUGGCGGAAUAAUUGACCCUUCAAGUGGGGAGAGAUUCUCAGUCAGUGAUGCUGCAGAAAAAGGUCUUGUGGACAAAAUAAUGGUUGACCGACUUAAUCUGGCUCAAAAAGCAUUUAAUGGAUUUGAAGACCCCAGAAGUAAAGUCAGGAUGUCUGCCUCCCAAGCUUUAAAAAAGGGCUGGUUGUAUUAUGAGGCUGGGCAGCGUUUCCUUGAGGUACAAUAUCUGACUGGCGGACUUAUUGAGCCUGAUGUGGAGGGAAGAGUCUCACUGGAUGAUUCAAUUAAGAAAGGCGCUAUUGAUGCCCGCACAGCACAGAAACUAAGAGAUGUCAGUACCUAUUCAAGAUAUCUAACAUGUCCAAAAACAAAACUCAAAAUAUCAUUUAAAGAUGCUAUGGACAGAAGCAUGAUUGAAGAAGGAUCAGGUCUCAGGCUUCUGGAAGCUUCCUCACAGUCCAGCAAAGGCCUCUACAGUCCCUACAAUGUCAGUGGCUCUGGAUCUGCUUACGGUUCACGGUCAGGUUCGAGGACAGGAUCCCGAUCAGGAUCUAGGAGAGGCAGUUUUGACGCAGGCUCCGGUUUCAGUGUCAACUACUCAUCCUCUUCUUUCACGUCAUCCUCAACUGGCUACAGCCAUGUGCAAUCACCGAGUCCAAUAGGGAGGACUACAAGCAAGAACAACCAGGCAUUUAUCUCCGUUAGUUCUUCCCAAGACUCCCUUGACUGCUCAAGUUGGACCCAGUCCAUCUCAGAACUUCCUGCAUUUGCAUCUGUAAGCAGUGAGGAUAUCGGAGGUGAUUUGUUUGCGUCAGCAACACCUUCCUCACAGAAUCAGCAUUACUGGCGAGAUGAGGAGGAUUUGAGUCACUGGCAGUGUGAGUUCAGGGGUCAAAUCAGAGCACUGAGACAAUGGCUGACGUGCAUGGAGAUGAGGCUCCCCCCCCUGAACCCCACGGCCCACAAUCCCAUGGGGACAGAAAUCAAAGAUUUGUUCUCAUUGACCACCAAAGGAGGGGCUUUGUUGGAGGAGAAGGGGGGCAGACUGAGGGGGAAGCACAGGGAGGGUAAAAGGGGCACUUUGCCUAAUAGCCGCCUGGUACAGGAGCAACCUGAGCAGUGUCAGAGCCGGAUUAUGGGUAACCUCAUAAGCCGGCCCAGCUGCCUGGGCCAAAAGUCUAAGCAUGUGAGGUCAGAUGAGGACUUCCUGAAGGAGUGUUACCAACGGAGAAAAGAGUGGCAUCCACCUGAUCAGCAUGCACAGGAUAAAAUCAAGGAAUGCAGGGAGGAGAAAGACAAGGAAACACAAGAAGCGGAUCACAACCAAGAGGAACGAGCUCAUACGCCCAGCUCAUACGUUUCAGACAAACCUCUCCGCAGCUCCCCAGCUUCCACAAUCAGGAGCACCAGUACUUUGGAUCACGCCUGGCAGGGCACCCCUUCUCCCAUAAAAACAUCACGUAACGGCACACUAACAAGGAGGACGGUGCCUCCGGAGUUCACAAGAUCCCCUUUGACUUAUUCUGACAAGACUGCAGCAGAGAAAAGGGCCAGCUUUCAGAGGAGAGAUUCCAGAGAAGGGAGUCCCUGGUCAUGGAAGACUUUGUCAUCAAGGGAAGUAACGGAAGUGACAGAGGUGACCGAGACUAUUGUGACGGAAAUUGUGGAAGUGACGGAGUAUCCAACGGGUGAAAAGGGAGGGGACCCCAUAAUCACAAGAACUGUGCGAGUCCUGAAUGGAGUUGCUGAGGAACUUGCUGAGCUCCAAAGUGAUGGGCAUUCAAGCUCAGACCAAGAUUCAUGUCUGGAUAAAUGGAGGAGCACCAAGUCUCCACUGGCCCUGAGAGACAUCUCUACAGGUACUGAGACGUUCCUCCAAAACCUGGAAGCAUUGCUCACAUGGGUGUGUGAGAUAGAGGAGCUCACAGCAAAUCAGAAACCUCCGUCUUCAGAGGUCAAAGUGGUGAAAGCACAACUUCAGGAACAAAGGCUCCUCCAACGCCUCCUGAAAGACAGAUGGAAAAGUAUGGAUACUAUGUUGUCCGAGGGUCCUCGGCUAGUGGAGGCCCACCCAGGGGAAGAGGGGGAGCAGGCAAAGGUCAAGCUCUCUGCUCUCAAACACAAGUGGGAGUCAUUACAGCAAGUGGCGGAGCAAAGGAGGGUCAGUCUGGAGUGCAUCCUACCCAGAGCCCAGCAUUUCCAGGAAGGUGCAGACAAUUUGCAGCUGUGGCUCAUAUCUGUGGAGCAGGUCCUUGCUGAACUACGUAAUGCAGAAAGAGUGAUGCUGCAUCUCUCAGAGGUCACGGAGAGGGCAAAGGCUAUCGCCGAUGAGAUUCAGGUUAAAACCGCUGAGCUCGGAAAGCUCCAGAACACAGGUCGUGAUCUCAUGGAGGUGAUUUCAGAGGAGGAAGGUCGCCAGGUGCAGGAGAAGUUAGAUGGCCUUCGUAUCCGAUGCUCUGUGCUAAAUCUGAGCAGCCUGGAUGUACUCCAAAGAUUGGAACAAGCCCUGGAGGCCUCCAGUCGCUGUACAUCCAGCCAGGAGGACCUCCACCUGUGGCUGGGCCGCAUCGAGAGAGAGCUUCUGGGUUCCUCUGGGGCACAGACGCACGCAGGAGAUGCAGUACUAUGCACAGCGGAAAGACAGAGGCUAGAACAGGCUGUGGUGAAAGAGGUGACUUGGUUCAAGGACACAGCACAAAGACUUGAAAGGCUGAAAACUGUUCUUCUGGAUCCACUACUCAUAUCGGAUCAACUCAAUGAGCAGAAGAUUUUGGCCGUGGAGAUUCUCCAACACAGGUUCAACAUUGAGAAGAUGGUUAAAAUUGCUGAAAUCUUGCACACUUACAGCGAUGAAGGAGAGGCAACCAAUCUGCAGACACCAUUAGAUGCCUUACAGGAGCAAUGCUACACCACCUCUGCCACUAAUUCCCAUGUGGUUCUCCAGCUUGAGCAUGCUCAGUCACUUCUUGUCCAAUUCUCAGAGGGCCAUGCUGAGGUUUCACCCUGGCUGGAGGAAACACAAGGUCUCAUUGGGCAGCUCUCCCUCAACACGAUUAGCUACGAAGCAUUCCGUGAACAACAAGACCUUUUACAGGGUCUGAGGGAGUCGAUAGCAGAGCAUAGACCCUUGAUCUCACGCCUGUGGUCCUUGGCGAAACGCCUGUCGGAGCUUAAUCCAAUUCAAGGAGAGGAAUUUUGUCGUCUGGCAACCGAGGCUGAGGAGCGGCACCAAGCCAUCAGAAAUCGUGUCAGGGAGACUGCCAGUUUUCUGGAAGAGUCUUUACCCAGAUUCACUCAGCUGAAUGAGAGAAUGAUACUUCUCAGAGAAAGGCUUGACCGCCUGCUCAGUCACAUCCAAACUCCGACAUCGCUUCAAGGCCUGACACCGAGGAUUCAAGAGCAGCUGCAUGACAACAAGCACACGCUGGCCGAACUUUCCAAGUUGGAGCUCAGCUUCAGCAGUGUCAAGUCGCAGGCCGACGACUUGCUUGCAAACACACAAGCAACUGGGGAUACAUCCAUUGGCACAGCAAUCCAGGAGCAAGUGUCCACCAUUUCUCAGUUGUUGUCUGAGACACUCAGUGAGGUUCAGGAAAGGGAAAGAUGGCUACUGAAACUGCUCGACCUUUCCAUUAAGUUUUGGAAUGGCAUUGCCGACGUCACAUCAGCUCUUAACGAUGCUCAGCAGGCAGUUUUGGAUCUCAACACAAGCCAGACGGACACUGAAACAAUUCGCCAGAGCCUGGAGACCAUGCAGACCCUCAGGGAGGAUAUUGACAUUUUACAAGGGGACCUGGACACUCUUGGUGUUCAUGGAAUGGACCUGAUGUCAGCAUGCGGGGACACGGACAAACCAGAUGUCACAAAGAGUCUGGAUGAACUUUAUUGUGUGUGGAACAACUUGAGCAAACUGUGGAAUGACUGUCACAAGAAGCUGGAGGAGUCAUUGCAGAUGGCUUUACGUUAUCAAGACACUAUGCAGGGACUUUUUGAGUGGCUGAAAUCCGCAGAACUGAGGUCCACUGAAGAGUUCAUGGUUGGAACUGACCUUGAAUCAGUGAAAGACCAGCUCCGUGAUCUCAAGGAAUUUAAACGCGAGCUUUACCAGAAGAAGAUUGAAAUAGAAAGCCAAAACCAUGGCUUUGUGUGUCGACUGUCUCCAGGCUCAGAACGGCCAUGCUCAGUCUCACCGCUGUGCGACUUUCGACAGCGUUGGGACAGUUUGGAGUCAGAGACUGUCAACAGACAGCAUCAACUGGAGUGUGCACUACUGGGUCUGGGUCAGUUUCAGAACGCAUUGGAUGAGCUGGAUGCAUGGCUUGCCCGUACUGCUGAACAACUGCAGGGCAAGCAGCCAAUCAGCAUUGACCUACAGGCCUGUGAAAUAGAACUGGCCAAACAUAAGGUCUUGCGUAAUGAUGUCAUGUCCCAUGUACGCACUGUGGAGUCCCUGAACCAGGCCGGUAAGGAGUUGCUGGAGGUUGGUCCUGGGGACUGUGCACAUGGUUUGCAGUCUCGGCUAGAGAAACUCAAUGAAACCUGGGAGUUUGUUCGCUGUGAGACUGAACGUUGUCAGCUGGAAUUAGAAAACAGACUAAGUCAGGUGCAAGAUAUUACAUUGGAGAUUCAGGACCUCCUGCAGUGGCUGGACAGCACAGAUAUCAGAUUGUCAUCCUCCAUAAGCAUGUCGGGUAUGCCAGACUCUGCUGCUGAGAGACUUAAUGCUCAUGUUGAGUUGUGCAAUGAGAUGGAGUCAAAGCUUCACACGUACACAAAUAUGAAAAAUGCCAUCUACAGAAUGCUGGAAGACAGUAACGUUGUGCGGGGAUCAAAUACAGAGCACAGCCUGUCAAUUCUGGAACAAAGGUGGACUUCUGUAUACAGCAAAGUUCAGGAGCGAAAGGCAAAGCUUACAAAAGGUUUGAGUCUGGCCAAGGAAUUCCACAGUAACGUCCAGGACCUUCUCACGAAGAUGACUAAGUGUGAGGAGUCUAUUGGGAUCCUUCCAACUCCCAGCUUUGUUCUGGAGACUGUUUGUAAUCAAUUGCAGGAUCACAGAACACUGGUGGAUGAAGUAAAUGGUUACGGAGAGAAGAAAACCACAGUGGAGAAUGCCGGCAGUAGACUUGCAUCGCUUAGCAGGAAAGAAGACUGUGAUAUGAUCCAUAACCUCAUCAUGACCAUCCAGGAUCGACACAAAAGACUACAACAGUGUAUUUCCGAGAGAGGCAAGAUGCUGGAUGAGGUCAAAAAGAAUGCCAAACAGUUUAACAAAUCCUGGCAUAUCCUGGUGGAAUGGAUGACAGAGGUAGAAGAGACAUUAGACACGCAUAAAGAGAUUGCACCAUCACAUGAGGAGAUUAAACAACAACUAACUGAGCAGAAGGAGUUCCAGAAACUGCUGAGAUCCAAGAGGCCCAUGUAUGACGCCACGCUGAAGAGUGGCCGCAACCUUCACGACAGAGCUCAAAGCAGCCAUGACAGACAACACUUGAAAAACCUUCUGGCUGAACUCAAAGACACAUGGGACACAGUCAGUGCAAAGUCUAUGGAGAGACAACAUAAACUGGAGGAAGCUUUGCUGUUCUCAGGGCGAUUCACUGAUGCUCUUCAGGCGCUGAAUGACUGGCUGUAUAGAGCUGAGCCUCACCUUGCCGAGGAUGUUCCUGUCAGUGGAGACAAAGACAUGGUCAACAAUCUGAUCGACACACACAAGGCAUUCCAAAAGGAACUGGGGAAGCGGGCCGGAUGCAUCAAGACCCUAAAGCGCUCAGUCAGGGAUCUGACCAGGAGCAGUACAGCUGAUGCACACUGGCUGCAGGAGCAGAUGGAUGAACUGGAAGCCCGUUGGGAGGUGGUGUGCAUGCUGUCUGUCAGCAAGCAAGACAGACUGGAGGUUGCACUUCAGCAGGCUGAGAAAUUUGAUGGCCUUGUCCACUCUUUCAUGGAGCGCCUUACUGAAGCAGAGAGGAUAUUAAAAUAUGGGGUCAUACCAGAAGAGGAAGAGAGUCUGCUUGCCUUCCGCAAACAACAUGAGGAGUCAGUGGUUACUUUACAGGCUCAUGCUAUGGAGUUGGAAAACAUCCAGUGUCUAGGCGAAGAGAUCCUCUCAUCCUGUCACCCAGACUCUGUAAUCACCCUCAAGUCUUGGAUGGGUGUCACCAAAACCCGCUAUGACGAGGUUCUGACAUGGGCCCAGCAACAGGACUUAAGGAUCCAGACCAGUUUAGCAUCGCUAGAGGCAGAGAGAGUGGAAGUCCAGAGGCUGUUGGAGUGGAUAUCUUCAGCACAAGAAGCUCUCAACAUCAGAGAUGAAGAGCCUUUGCCUGAAAACACGGAACAGAAUCAAGAACUCAUUGAGCAGCAUGCUGUAUUCAUGGAGCAGUUAAAUAUAAAGUUCCCAGAGGUGGAAAAUGCAACAAAGUCCUGCAAACAUAAGAAUGUUUCUAAACAGCAAGUGUCCCCCAUCAAACGGCCACUCACAAAGAGGAGGAGCACAAUGAAACUGCAGCCUUUGGCACCACUCCCAUUGGGGCACCUUGACCCCCAGACACCACAACUCAGUCAACUGGUCAGUCAGUGGCAGAAACUUUGGCUCCUGUCGCUGGCGAGACAAAAACAUUUGGAACAACACCAGCAAACACUGAAAGAGAUGGAAGAAUUUGCCAACUUUGACUUUAACAUUUGGCGAAAACGCUACAUGCAGUGGAUCAGCCAUCUGAAGUCUCGGAUCUUAGAUGUGUUCCGCAACAUCGACAAAGAUCAAGAUGGACGUAUCAGUCAGAAGGAGUUCAUCGACUACGUACUUGCUUCUAAAUUCCCUACCAACUCUUUAGAGAUGAAUGCAGUGGCAAACAUCUUUGACAUGAAUAGUGACGGCUUCAUUGAUUACUAUGAGUUUGUGAGUGCACUGCACCCAAGCAGAGAUCCCUACAGGAAAACUCUGGAUGCAGAUCAAAUCAAUGAAGAGGUGAGCCGUCAGGUAUCGCAGUGUAACUGUCCCAAGAGGUUCCAAGUGGAGCAGAUCAGUGCCAAUAGAUACAGGUUUGGAGAUUCCCAGCAGCUGCGGAUGGUUCGGAUCCUGCGGAGCACGCUGAUGGUCAGAGUGGGAGGAGGUUGGACUGCUCUGGAUGAGUUCUUGGUGAAGAAUGAUCCCUGCAGAGUAAAAGGUCGGACCAAUCUGAAGAUCAAGGAGAAGUAUUUGUCUCCAACAGGAAGCACCUCUAAAGGUUUGACUGUCAGCAGGUCUAAUUCAAGCCUCAGUCUGUACAGCAGUGCUUCUGCCCCCACCAGCCCCAUGACACGCAAGGCUUUACUUCGCCGAAGCUUCUCAGGCGACCGCUGCAUUCGUCCAAGGAGUUCCAUCGCUGCUUUGGGAUCUGAACUCCAGUUUGUCUCAACAGAGGGAGACAACUCUCUAUCACCAUCAGAGGAAGCUGAGAGGCUGCUCCCCACAUGAUUGCCUUUGCCUCGGAGGUCUAUGUGUUUUCUAAACCCAAACAACCCCACGGCCCUGAGACUCAGUGAUAAGUCGAAGUACAGUGACUGAGAGGCCAAAAAAGCAAAAACAAAAGCAUACCCAGAAGAGAAAGUGCUAUGGAGGUCAAGAUGCAGAAAUAUUUGCACUUUUGGGAUGCCUGUGUGAAAAUAAAGACAUUGACACGGUCCCUCCAGGUGUGAAUCAAUAUAUUUUAUACUUCCUGUUCCAAUUAUCACAGUAGAAUUGCAUUGCAUAGAGAAUAGUUGUGUAUGCAUGGAAUCUUAAUGCAUGGUAGCCCGAGCCUUGCAAUAUUAUAAUGUGCCAACUUCUAAUUGGCUGUUUUACUUUAAAGCAGACAUCGAUGCUUAGUCAUGGAUGUUAAUAUUUGUACAUAUUUGUGUUUCAAAAACACAAUUACCCAAACAAAUUAGCAUGCAAGGCUACAGUGUGUUGGUCAUGAACUGUGUGAUGUUAUUUAGUGUUUGCCAUAAAGAUGAUGUGUUUGGCAGGGCCACACUGUUGUGUCUAUUUUUAUUUUUUUACAGUCUUGCAAUGUUAGGAUGUUUUAAACAGUGAAAUUGUGUACUGAACAAUGCAUUGAUGGUUGACUGGCCGUUGUUGAUUUAUAGAGAUUAUUUUCUCAGGAUUGUUUUUGCCUUUGGAUGUACUGUAUUUUUUAUAUGCUAUGAAAAUAUGCUGUACAUGUGCUUUUUCAUUUUUACUCCAGUCGUGUUUUCAUUUUUUUGUCUAUUUCAAAAGCACUUUCUGUGUCAGACUAUAUUGGAUUAUCAAACAGGAAAUUUGGCGGUUGUCAAGUACAUGUUAAAAUGCCAAACAAUAUUUUUGUGUCAAUUUUACAGAUUUAUACUGGGACAUUGCAAAAGUUACAAAUGGGCAUUCAUCUGUUUUUUUUGCCUAUUCAGUAUCUUCUACCAAAAGUGUCUGUCUUGAUGUUUUUACUUGCUAUUCUUCCUUUAACGUGUCUUCACAGACACCCCCAUACGUUAGACAUGUGAGCCAUCACCCUGUUUUACCCUGAGGCAACAGAAAUUGCCAUGUUCAUCAGUCAAAUGCUUGACUUUUUAAGGCAGCUAAAAUGCAAAAUAUUUGGUAGGUUUUUCUACAUUAGACAUUAUGAUCACGAUGACACAAUUUGCAAACACUCUUUCAAAAAUGUUCAUUAUAUGGUGAAAUAUACCCCAACAUUUUAACUCUUACUAUGCACCCCAAACUUUCUGUACUGUCACUAAUCAUUUUGUGCCUACCUGUACAUAUGUAUACAUGUUUUG